AUGCCGAUCAACAUCAACAUCCCACGGACUCCGCCCUUCCUCCGCAGUCCGGACCCCAACACGCCAAAGAAGAGGGAAGUCACAUACAAGGAAGAAGCUCACCAAGCCUGCCUCGAGGCCAUUCGGAGCGAAAGAGAGCGCACAGACCGGUGUAUGAUAUUCGCAUGGGAUCAUACUUCGCACACUUGUGUCGACAUGUAUGGCUUCAAAUUGGAUGGUCUGACUAUUGACGAGAUGCAACGACGUCCGACUAUCGACAAGAUCUGGAGCAAGAAGCUUGAUCCCUCGUGUUUCCACACUUCGACCACGCCGUGCAAGUGUGGCAGAUUGGGCAUGCAUUAG